CGGGCGUGUGUGUCUCAGAGAGAGAGUGUGUGUGUCGAGAGAGAGGGGGGCUUCAGCGCAAGUCGAAAAUGAGCAGAUGAAUAAGGCAGAAAAACUUGUGAGGACAUUUGAAUGCCGUGAAAUUUACAAAUUUCACUCUAAAAGCAAUCAUUCCUUGGUUCGGAUAUUCAACAUUUAUCAAGACGAAGAACGAAGCACGUCCCCGGAAUAAACCAAAGGAACUUAAAGGGCAAAGCAUGGAUGAAGGGCGACUGAGGUAGGAGCUGACUCCUGGUCUGCAGGACCGACGACCGCACGGCCAUCUGGAGUGAUUGCUGCAUGGUGCGGCCUCCAGAGCAGCAUCUGGCUGUGGCUCUGAUGGAGAGGCCCGUUCAUCCUCUCCCAGAUGUGUCCCGCGGCAUUCCGGGUGAUCUGGAAGCCUCCAUCUCCUGAGUCCAAUUUAAUUAUCUGACUGCAACUCUCCCACACUGCAAUCCGCUUGAUUUUGAGGCGUCUCCCAAAUGGACUACAAAUAUGGCCGCCUUAGCCUCCCUGCUCAGGCUGAGGACUACAGAAGAGAGCCUAGCCGGCAAAAUGCGGGCAAUAGGUCGAUCAGCCUGUUGGCUCUGGUGGAGGUGAACAGGGGGCAAUGGUGGCCCUGGGGCAACAAGAAGGCUAAGCUUUAUAGUUUCCUGUUUGGACUGACGGUGGCCUUUCUGAUCACAGCAUCUUAUGUCCUUAAUGGUGACAAGAAGGGUCUUCUGCUGACCCCAUCACCAUACCACUUCCAGGUUGUGAGCACUACAGGACAUCACGCUUAUAACCUGACCUUUGUCAGAGACUAUGCUAGUGUUAAAGAGGUGGUGAAGAGCAUUGUAGCCAAAGUGGAGUUCAGCCGUCGAAGAGUGCCUGACCUCAAAGGACUACUGGAAAGUGAACCACAUAUAUUCUCCGCCAUCCCCCGUAAGUUCCUCACCAGCAUCAAAAAUCCUUGCUGGUACGAGGAGCAUACUGGAAAUGCCACCACGGACCCCUACGGGAAGAACGUGUACAUGUACACAAGCCGCUUCCAGGCCAUCUACAAAUACCUGAGGAACGCUUUGAGGGAACACCUGUACGAGCACGGAGGGAAGCGGUACCGCCUGCGAUGUCUCCCGUACUUCUACAUCAUGGGCCAGCCGAAGUGUGGCACCACGGACCUGUACGACCGCCUACGCCGGCACCCUGACGUCCGCUUCACAACUAUGAAGGAGCCCCACUGGUGGACCAGAAGAAGAUUUGGUAUCAUUAGGCUGAGUGAUGCCUUCCAAGCCCGCUACCCCGUGAAGGACUACCUGGAUCUGCUUGAACUGGCAGCGUUUCAGAUUCACGACAAUCUCCUGGGGAACCGAUCCAAAGGUCGCACCAAGCGGGAUAUCAUUAUCGGUGAGGCCAGUGCAUCAACGAUGUGGGACAACAAUGCCUGGGUGUAUUUCUACCAUAAUGGGACAGAGGGGGAGCCGCCAUUCUUGGUGCUGGACUUCAUUCAUGCAGUUCAACCUGAUGCCAAAUUUAUUGUGAUGCUCAGAGAUCCAGUAGAAAGACUCUACUCUGAUUACUUGUACUUCGGCCUGGCCAACAAGUCCGCGGAGGACUUCCACGAGAGGGUGUGCGAGUCCCUGCAGCUGUUCGAGACGUGCCUGUCUGAGAGCUCCCUGCGCUCCUGCGUCUACAACACCUCCCUCAAUAUCGCCAUGCCCGUAAGACUACAGGUUGGCCUGUACAUAGUGUUUUUACUGGACUGGCUGUCAGUGUACAGCAAAGAGCAGAUCUUAGUGCUUCGCCUGGAGGAUCAUGCAGCCAACUGCAAAAAAACAAUGCACAAAGUCUUCAAAUUCCUCAGUUUAGGACCUCUAUCACAAGAGAAGGAGGCUGAAAUCACCAAGAGUCCAGCUUCCAACACCAGGAGACAAGCUGACCUUAACCUGGGACCCAUGUUGCCUGUGACUAGGGACCUCCUCCAGCAGUUUUACUGGCCAUUCAACCAGAGACUAGCCAAGAUGCUUCAAGACAAGGCCUUCCUAUGGACCCAGUCCUGAGAGGAGGGACCAGUCUGUCCUUGGAACAGCAGUUCUGUAAAGAUGGCUUUUGGGAGACCUCCAAGUGGAGACACUCCACUGUGACAGAGAUGCAAGACGCUUCUAAAGACAAAAAUAAAUCCCUAUUAUUAUAGGGUUGAAUGGAUACCUGGAGACUCGGACUCAGAAUGUUGAAGCCCCACUUUUGUCCUUAACCAGAGUCUCGAGAGCUAGCAACUCAGCCUUCAUGAGGUUCUAAUGAAUGGCUAAAGCUGUCAAAUUCAAGAAAGGCCCUUGGCAGAAAAUAAUUGAAUGUCUCUCUAUAAUUGAAUUUCCAAACUGCCUCUGCAGCAAGUGAAAUGCACAAAAGGUGUUCUGAUGAGUGGGUACUUGAGCAGAGAAAUUUGCCUCUACUUAUGUGACCUUUGCUGUUUUUGUAUUGGUGAGGAUAUAGAUAAAAUGAGAAAUACCAUGGGAAAUAUCAUAAUUAACUCAAGGUGAAUAUCAGAAUCGUAAAGGAGUAGUGUGUUUUGGGUCUAUAUUUGCUUCUUCUGAAAUGAGUUGUUAUGUGUAACGUCAACAUAAAGUCAGUGCUGUUUACCAUUCACCAUGCCUUUCAUGCAUAGUAAUACAUUUUUAAACUGAUGCACAAAUUAACAUGUGUACAAUAACAUCCAUUCCUGUCAUGUCAUUCUGAAAGUGUUCUGUCAGUAGGUCUAUAAGCCACAUUUAGCUGAUUACCUGGUAUGAUACUCAUAGGGGAGACAAGUAUAUAAGUGCAGGUAACUUUAUUUGUACUCUUUUGACUUGUUUAUAGGUUUUUCAUUGGUUGAAUAUACUUACGCAUUUAUGGGUGAUUGCAUUAUACUGACCAUGGGAAAUAAUGAUAAUUCAACUGAUAGAUAAGGUGUAUCUGCUGUUUGCACAAAAAUCUCACAGGGAGAAUACUACUAGUCGAGUUUGACUUAUAUAGUUCAACAGACGAAUGGUGUGUGAGACAAAUAUAACAUUACAUUAAGCUGAUGUAGUUGCCUUCUGACCAGAGGUGGACAAGUCCAGCUUCAGAAAGUAAAAAUCCAACCAUGUUGAAGAGUUACAGUAGUGUUGCUGAGUUGUGCUAAUUAGAAUCAGCUGGUUUAAAUGAACGGUUGUCACAGAUAUGUGGUAGGACUUUUACUUUCUGAAGCUGGACUUUUCCACCUCUACUUCUGACACGAUGUGUACAGUAUGUGUGUGUUUGGUGUGAUAUGGUGCGGUAUGGUGUGGUGUGGUGUGUGGGGUGUGUGUGUGGUGUGAUAUGGUGUGGUAUGGUGUGGUGUGGUGUGGAGUGUGGCGUGUGUGUGCAUGCGUGCGUGCGUGCGUGCGUAUGUGUGUGUGUGUGUGUGUGUGUGUGUGUGUGUGUGUGUAUGUGGUGUGGUGAUGGUGUGUGUGUGUGUGUGUGUGUGUGUGUGUGUGUGUGUGCGUGUGCAUUCAUACACAGCCAUUAUGUGGGUAGCGUCACGUUCAAGGUAAGCACUUAUUGUUCGCAUACUGUAUAUGUCAUCCUCAAAUUGACAUUUCAUUUUCAAAUGACAUAUUAUAUUAUUAGAAUUUUACUGUGGGCAGAAAACAGGACCUCAAUAGGACACUCUAUAAUAUGUUACGAUUGUAAACAGCAAAUUGUCAUAAUUUUGAUAGAAAUGAUGGAUAUCUGAAACAUAUAGGCCAGAAGAAUAUAGCUGACCUGGUCGAACGUUUCACAGAGGAAAUACUUCAGAUAUGCAUCAAACUAGAAACGGAAGAAACAGACUACCAACAAACAAAAAUAUUGUUUACACAAAUUUCACCUUAUACUAAACAGUAGAUUUUUGUUUCAGAUGCCCACUCCAACACACUAAUAACAUUGGAAGUGUAGACAUCUAAGAAUUACCAAUGACCAGUUGCCAUGAAACACCCCCCCCCCCUAAAUAAUGAUAUUCCAAAUAGGUUUAAUACUUACAGUAGGCCUGAACAAAGUGCUUACCCUGGUGUGAAACUACCCAUAUACUGUACCUGCAGUGAUGCCUGUGCUAACCUGAACAGAAGGGCCUAAUAGUCCUUGUAGGUGAUCGUCUACAUGUCUGUGCAGGGUUAUCAGCCUCUCUCUGGUCAAGAAAGAAAUGUUCAUGUGACCGAUGUCAUUGUCCUUGCCCAGGCCUUUUGUCAGUGUCUGCAUCACCUUUGACCUGUGACUUCUCUCUGUCCUUUGGGGCCAUUAAAUCUGCCAAAUUGUACCCCCUUCUACAGUAUCUCUCUCUCUCUUUCUCUCUCUCUCUCUCUCUCUCUCUCUCUCUCACACACACACACACACACACACACACACACACACACACACACACACACAUAUAUAUAUACACACCCACACACACAAAA